AUGACGAGCAUUUCCGGCGCUGUAGCGCUCUUCCAUACCGUAUCACUAGAUGUGGAUGCGUUACUCACCGAGAUCCGUCAGUCUGACUACCUAGCUGAGCUGGUCUCCGGUGAGUCGCCCGUGGACGAGUCGCCUUUGUACCACAUGGUGCGGUCGCCGUCUCACUCGGUUGCGGCGACCACCAUUCCCGAUGUCCUAGCCUCCCUUUCGGACGAAUACGCUAAGAGCGUGUAUGUGGUAGCAGAUGAUCGGACGGCGCAUGGCGAUCACAGCGUGCAAGUUGUCCAUGUCGUUGACCGUGCGUCCCCACGCACAUUGCGUGCAGCGCCGCAGGGCGUCUUGGAAGUGUGUGCGACACUACUCGCAGGCGGUUCUCUAGAUGAGUUCCAGGCACGGUGUGCGCCGUCGGACGUGUACACGCCAUAG